GAAACGUCUAGUGAGUUAAGGGGUUUCCUGCAAAGCUCCCAACAUGGACCUAUCCCUAGUUUUGGUCAUCUUGGCCGGGCUCGUUGGCCUCGCAGCCUGCGAAUACAGAAUGGUCUGCUACCAUACGAACUGGUCCCAGUACCGCCCAGGCAAGGGCAAGUUUUUCCCAGAGGACAUCGACCCUACGCUUUGUACCCACAUCAUCUACUCCUUUGCCAAGGUUGCAAGCGGCGUCCUUGCUCCCUACGAAUGGAAUGACAAGGAUGAGCCAUGGUCAAAGGGCAUGUAUACACGAUUCCACGAACGCAUUAGGAAGGCAAAUCCAAAAGCGAAGACGCUUCUGGCUGUUGGCGGCUGGACCCACUCUAGCAAUGGUUUCACUCCCAUGGUGGCGACUGCGGCCAGCAGGAAGAAAUUCAUCGACCACAGUAUUAAAUUCCUGAGAGAGACUGGCUUUGAUGGUCUCGAUUUGGACUGGGAGUACCCCGCAAAUAGAGGUGGCCCGCCAGAGGACAAGGAGAGAUUCACGACACUGUGCCGGGAACUCCGAGCCGCCUACGAGGCUGACGCAGCCGCGAACGGCGGAGAACGCCUCCUUCUGAGUGCUGCCGUUGGUGUUGGCAAAACAACAGCAGAUACGGCCUACAACAUCCCUGAAAUUUCCAAGUCUCUUGAUUUCAUCAACCUGAUGGCGUACGACUUGCACGGUGCCUGGGAGAAGUUUACUGGCCACCAUGCCGCCCUUUUCCCCAGAAAGGAUGAAAAAGGCACACAUCGGUAUCUGAAUCUGGCAUGGGUUAUAGAUUACUGGUUGGAAAAGGUAGCAGAUCCUAAAAAGCUUACCGUAGGCAUGGGCACCUACGGACGUGGCUUCACCCUUACUAGCAAGGACAAGUUCUAUUUGGGCGCUCCAGCCAAGCAGGCCGCAAACAAAGGUCCGUUUACAAGGGAAGGCGGCUUCCUUUCCUAUUACGAGGCUUGUGAUAUGCUGAAGACGGGAGGGCAGCACUACUACAAUGAUGAACAGGAAGUUCCAUACGUUGUUAAGGGCGACCAAUGGUUAGGAUAUGAUGAUCCUAACAGUUUGACAAAUAAGGUCAAUUACAUGAAAUCAAAAGGCCUUGGAGGUGGAAUGAUCUGGGCUUUGGAUCUUGACGACUUCAAGGGCGACUUCUGUGGUGCGGGGCCUUAUCCUCUCCUGAAGGCUAUCAAUAAGGCCCUCUACGGGAACGUGAAACCUAGCCCGCAACCAACGGGGCCAACAAGGCGACCAGUUACCCAAGGGCCCACACAAGGUCCCACGAAGUCCACAACCAGAGGUCCCACAACCACCCAUGUUCCAGGCACCCCAUUCUCGUGUGAAGGAAAGGCCGAUCGCUUCCACCGAAACCCGGACAACUGCGCCCAAUUCUACCAGUGUGUGGCUGGCACAGCGUACGGACCUACAACGUGUGCAGAUGGAUUGGUAUUCAAUACUGAUUCAAACAAUUGUGACUGGCCAGCAAAUGUUUCAUGCUAAAUAAAUCCAUUUGUCUUGGAGCAAGUCGAAA